AUGAGGGGAUUUCGUAGAAGUACGAGGAUUUUUAUCCUCUGUUUGCUCGGCGUUUCUGUGUUCGUUCCCAUUUUUUUACUGUCUCACAGGCUGAAACUUAUUAGCUCUGAUUCUUCGAAGGAAUUUCUGGAAGAUUUAUCGAUUAUUAAACACAGAAAAGAGGCUCAAACACUUGGUGCAAUAGAGCAGGAUGAAGGUGAAGGUUUGAAAGAACCAGUCUGGGUGGUGUACGAAGAAGAAGAAGGCUUCAAAUCUGCAGUUAGCUUUAGUUCUAGGGAGGACAAUAUAAUUGUUGAAUCUGGAAAUGCAGCAGAUGAUGUUAAUUUGUCUGCAAAACAUGCAACCGAUGAUGGAGCAAGGGAAGAUGACCGCAUAAGUCUGCAGGAGGAUAAGUUGCUGAUGUCUGUGGAAAAGGAAGACUCGCACCCAAAUGUGGUUCAAAGUGAUCACGCUGUAAAGUCUACUUCACGGAAGAUAGAUGAGAAGGUGAAAGAAAUGAAAGACCAAGUGAUCAGGGCCAAAGCUUACCUAAAUUUCUCGCCUGCAAAUAGCAGCUCUCAUAUUGUAAAAGAGUUGAAGCUAAGAAUAAAAGAGGUUGAAAGAGCUAUGAUACAAUCCACCAGAGAUUCUCAUGUGUCUAAGGGUUCUCUGCAGAAAAUGAAAGCUAUGGAGUCCACCUUGUUAAAAGCCAGUCGUAUUUACCCUGACUGCUCUGGCAUGGUGAAAAUACUUCGUGCAAUGACAUAUAACACUGAAGAGCAGGUUCGAAAGCAGACGAAACAAGAAACUUUUCUUAAAGAACUUGGUGGAAGAACUAUACCAAAAGGCUUGCAUUGCCUCUCUAUGAGAUUGACUGCUGAAUACUUUGCCCGAGAGACUGAGAAAUGGGAAUUCCCUAACAAACACAAAGUACAUGAUCCAGAUCUUCAUCACUUUGCUGUUUUCUCUGACAACAUUUUGGCUUCUUCAGUUGUUGUGAACUCAACCAUAUCAACUGCUACGGAUCCAGAGAGAGUAGUAUUUCAUAUAGUGACGGAUUCCCUCAACUUCCCAGCAAUGUCGAUGUGGUUCUUACUGAAUCCUCCUGGAAAAGCUACAAUCGAUAUUGAAAGCAUAGACAAUUUUGGAUGGUUAUCCAUCGGAUAUAAUGCAACUCUGCAGAAAGAAGACUCUGUCGAUCCAAGAUAUAUUUCUGUACUCAACCAUCUUCGUUUUUAUUUGCCAGAUGUUUUUCCCCUUCUGAAUAAGAUUGUGCUUCUCGACCAUGAUGUGGUGGUGCAAAGGGAUCUGGCAGGACUUUGGAGCAUUGACAUGAAAGGCAAAGUAAAUGGUGCUGUUGAGACUUGCAAUGAAGGCAAGCCUUCAUUCCGUCGUAUGGACAUGUUUGUUAAUUUCACAGACCCUAUGGUAGCAGAGAGGUUCGAUGCCACAGCAUGCACAUGGGCUUUUGGGAUGAAUGUGUUCGAUCUUCAAGAAUGGAGGAGACAUGAUUUAACUGGGGUCUAUCAUAAAUACCUCCAUUUGGGAAACGAGAGGCCAUUGUGGAAAGCCGGUAGCUUGCCUAUCGGUUGGAUCACAUUCUACAAACAUACAGUACCUUUAGAUAAGAGAUGGCAUGCCCUUGGUUUGGGUUAUGACUCGGGUGCAAGUCCGGACGACAUAGGAAAGGCAGCAGUGAUACAUUUCGAUGGAAUCUUGAAACCAUGGUUGGAUAUUGGGCUUGAGAAGUACAAAUGCUAUUGGAGGAAACAUGUCAAGUACGACCAUCCAUUCCUACAGCAGUGCAAUAUCCACAUGUAG